AUGUUUGGUUUUAUGGUGGGUGUGUUGGUGGUGGCUUUGUGCUGUGAACACUGUGAGGGCCAUGGCCGACUGUUAGAACCUCCUUCCAGGUCCAGUAUGUGGCGAUCAAUGAAGAAUGGAGCCCGCGAAUUUCCUGAUGCUCCUAUUAACUACAACGAUAACCAACUUUUCUGUGGGGGAAGAAUCAAUUUUAUCUACCAACGCCAGCAGUGUGGGAUAUGUGGAGAUCCCUAUCAGGGGCCCAGAAACAACGAGGCUGGAGGCCGCUACGCUCAGGGAAUCAUUGGCAGGCAUUAUACUUCCGGUCAGACAAUCGAUAUAAACGUCGAAAUAACAGCCAAUCACUUGGGCUACUUUGAGUUCAGACUGUGUCCAAACAACAACGUUAACAAGGCUGCUACACAGGAAUGUUUAGACCAGCAUCUGCUGAGGCUAGAGAAUGCUGACGGCACAAGGUACUAUUUAGGGGGCAAAAGGGGAGCAGUUAAUCUGAGGGCGAUAUUACCACAAGGUCUCACCUGUUCUCAGUGCGUGCUUCAAUGGCGGUGGAAUACAGGAAACAGCUAUGGUUAUGCGCCUAACGGUACUUACUGCAUUGGUUGUGGACUUCAGGAAAUGUUCCUCGGCUGUUCAGAUAUAGCCAUAUCCGCCGGAAGUAAUGGUCAGGUGCAGCCACAAGUCACUUCUAGACCAGUAACAUCUGCUCCAGUUCAGACGCAGAGGCCGAUGAUUAUCACUGCUAAGCCAGUCAGCAACACACCUAACCCCGCCCAACCUAUCCAAACCGUCCGACCCAAUUCUGGUAUUUUCUUUGGACAGACGAACAUUCAGAUCGGACAAACGGGCGGACAGACAAUUACUGGGUGUCGCGCUAUUAACCUAUGGGCAGGGGUAGCCCAACUCGAUCAAUGGUGCCUUGAUAACUGUCAGAAGGGAAAUUGUCCGCCUGAAGCUUGCAAGUGUAAUUAA